CCGCCAUCAGGCACCAGUCCGCGACUUAUUUGGCCCUCCUCGCGCGUCAGAUUGAUGAGCAGCACACAAGUAGACAUACGUUGCUAGCGCCCAAAAGGUAACGUGGUUAGCCUCUUGGAUCUUUCCUUUUUUGCCCGAGGUGGCGGUGCGCAUGACUAGAUCCUUGCCUGAGCCUUGCCUGAGCCUUUCAAAAGGCCCUUUGCGCGCCCGCUUGAGAAUUAGGCACAUGUCUAACCUGGCGAAUAUACCUUUCACCACCUCUUUUUCCGCCUGGGGAUACUUUCAUCACGCUUUCCUGAGUCCGAUCGUGUCGAGCGAACUUUCAAUAUGAACAUGAACAUGAGCCAUGCUUUUCCACCAUCACCACCAAGUGAUCACGAUUCAGCAUCGAUAAUUACGACAUCGAAAACGAAGAGACCGAAUACCAUGAUGGCCGACCAAACCCUCGUUCCAUCCAGCACAAAUCCAGGCAGGAUGCCUGGAGCACUGCGUCGAGCUCGUGCACCUGCUCGCAAUAAAGACGGCGAGAUCAUUUGCGACCACCCCAACUGUCGAGAUGCAAACGUGACCUUCAAGAGAGUAUGUGAAUGGAACAAGCAUAUGGACCGACACGAGAGACCGUACAAAUGCCACGAAGCCGGAUGCGACCUCAACCCGGGAUUCACUUACUCUGGCGGAUUGCUGAGGCAUCAAAGAGAAGUUCACAAAAUGCAUCUCUCCACCAAGGAACCGCUAUUCUGUCCGUUCCCAAACUGCAACCGGAGCUCCGGAAGUGGUUUCACUAGGAGAGAGAACCUCGAGGAGCACAAGCGGCGGCGGCAUAUGGACGACCUGGCAGAACAUCCUUCCAACCGAGCACCGUCACAGCCCCCGGCAGCGGCACUCCCGACUGCUGCAGGUCCGGACGAGCCACCGUCCGCCAAGCGACGACGUACGCAAACACCUGCAGCGACGGCGACAGCGACGGCGGCAGUGGCGGGAGGGAGUCUGGGCCAGAGUAACAGCAGCCAGAAUGUGCAGGCGCUCCUCAGGCAGACCGGAAUGACCGAGCACCAACUGAUUGAACAUCUACAAUCAAGGCUUCGGGAGAAGGAGGAGUGCAUCCGACGCCAGGCAGCCGAACUCCAGCAAUACCAAACCUUCUUCCAAGCAUUGCCACCUCAGGCGAUAUACACUGUGGUCAAUUCACAGAUCCCCCAGAUUCCACAACUAUCGCAGCUGCCUGGCACUGGUGGCGGUGGUUGAUAUUGGCGAAUUGGGUUAACGGUUAUCUUCAUUCUUCUUUUUCGUGGUCUUGGGCGAGACUGCUCUGCGGGAACAGGCAGCAACGAGGACGCAACGGUCGAUGAUGACGAUAACGAUGGUGAUGAUACCCCUUUCGUGUACUAUUGGUAUUGUGUCGCUACUCAUGAUGUUAUAGUAUUAAUGGAUCAUCUCCAAAUGCCUUUAGCAUAGUAGUAGA